AUGGCUCCAAGUAUUCCUGAUAGAUGGAUACCAUACAAAGCUUUUGGUAAAGUUAUAGAAGGUACUAGGAUUAUAUGCUUCAAAGUGCCUUUACGACAUAUUGUACAAGUGAACAACCCUGCGAUAAAACAUAUAUGGGACAUCGAUACCUUACUAAAGAAAUUUCCUAAAUUAAAAGCAGUCGUAGAUUUGACAAACACAUCUCGCUACUACGAUCCUAAGGAAUUGAAGUCGGCGGGUGUUCUGCAUAAGAAAAUUUUAUUGCCCGGUCGCAUAAUACCGCCCGAGCGUAAAGUGAUGGAAUUCAUGAACACCGUCGAUGAGUUAUUGGAAAACGAUGACGGAUCGUUGAUCGGUGUUCACUGCACGCACGGUUUGAAUCGCACGGGGUAUAUGGUGUGUAGGUAUCUCCGAGAUAGGCUCCUGGUACCGCCGACUGUAGCUAUUGAAAGAUUUGAAAAAGCGCGUGGGUACAAGAUUGAAAGAGAGAAUUAUAUUGCUGACAUUCUCGGAAAGAAACCGCCUCCACCAGAUAUUGGCGUGUCGACUACUAUAAACCCCAUUGACACUGAUGAUUGUCAAGAUAAUGAAGCCGCUACAGAAACUAAACGGGUGAGCGAAGACGAUGAAUGGACACUACGAAGGAAAAGAAAAUAUUUGGAUUUGGACAGAAACACCUAUGAAAAACGUGGAAAAGCAGCUCCGAAUAGUCCGACAACUUCUUACGGAUAUAAUAAUCGAAAGGACCAGGACCAGGAGCCACAGAGCGGCCCCUAUUCUGGUUAUAAUAAAAGAAAAGUUAAUAGUCAAAGAGACUUUAUUUAUAAGUCUCCACUUAUACAGGAAGAAGAAGAAGUUGAGGGACAUACGAUGAGGCAAGUAGUCGAUCAGUCUAACCGAACGCUGUAUAUAGCAUUAUUUCUGACUGUUGGCUGA